GAGACUGGCACGCCCCCCGGCCCCUAACUGAGCACGGAGGUCCGCCCCAUUGCUCCACGCCCCCGGGCGCUUAGGGCGGGGGUUGCCCUCCUGCACCGAUCCUUUCAGGCCGCCUCGUUAGCUCGCUGGGUCCCGAGCCGCCAGGCGGGGGCGGGGGCGGGGGCGAGGGGCGCGUUCGCAGCCCGCGCCCGCUCGAUGGCGCGUAGGGCCGGGCCCCCCGACGGGGGCUGGGGCUGGAUGGUGGUGCUCUCGGCGUUCUUCCAGUCCGCGCUGGUGUUCGGGGUGCUGCGCUCCUUCGGCGUCUUCUUCGUGGAGUUCGUGGCGGCCUUUGAGGAGCAGGCAGCGCGCGUCUCCUGGAUCGCCUCCAUCGGGAUCGCCGUGCAGCAGUUCGGGAGCCCAGUGGGCAGUGCCCUGAGCACGAAGUUCGGGCCCCGGCCGGUGGUGAUGAGUGGCGGCCUCCUGGCCGCGCUGGGGAUGCUGCUGGCCUCCUUUGCUACCUCCUUAACCCACCUGUACCUGAGCAUUGGGCUGCUCUCAGGCUCUGGCUGGGCCUUGACCUUCACUCCAACCCUGGCCUGCCUGUCCCGCUACUUCUCUCGCCGCCGAUCCCUGGCCACCGGGCUGGCCCUGACAGGCGUGGGCCUCUCCUCAUUUGCAUUUGCUCCCCUCUUCCAGUGGCUGCUCAGCUACUACGCCUGGCGGGGGGCCCUGCUGCUCGUGUCCGCCCUCUCCUUGCACCUGGUGGUCUGCGGAGCUCUCCUCCGCCCGCUCUCCCUGGCCGAGGACCCUGUUGUGGGUGGCCCUGGGGCCCAGCUCAUGUCCCUCCUCCACGAAGGCCCCUUUCUCCGUUACACCGUUGCCCUCACCCUGAUCAACACUGGCUUCUUCAUCCCCUAUGUGCACCUGGUGGCUCAUCUCCAGGACCAGGGCUGGGACCCAUUGCCUGCUGCCUUUCUGCUCUCCGUGGCUGCCAUAGCUGACCUCGUGGGGCGCGUGGCCUCUGGCUGGCUGGGAGAUGCAAUCCCAGGGCCCGUGACACGACUUCUGAUGCUCUGGAGCGCCCUCACUGGGGUGUCACUAGCCCUGUUCCCUGUGGCCCACACCUCCACAGCCCUGGUCAUCCUGGCUGUGGCCUAUGGCUUCUCAUCAGGGGCCCUGACCCCAGUGGCCUUCUCCGUGCUGCCGGAACUGGUCGGGACGGCAAGGAUUUACUGUGGCCUAGGACUGGUGCAGAUGGUAGAGAGCAUCGGGGGGCUGCUGGGGGCUCCUCUGUCAGGCUACCUCCGUGACAUGACAGGGAACUACACAGCUUCUUUUGUGGCGGCUGGGGCCUUCCUCCUGGCUGGGAGUGGCGUCCUCCUCACCCUGCCCCACUUCUUCUGCUUCUCAGCGACUGCCUCCAGGCCCCAGGCCCCUGGAACAGAGGCGCUGGAGACCAGAGUCCCUCCGGCCAAGGCGGAGGGGCCUGGAGAGGACUAAAGGCCACCCAGGGUGCCAGGGGUCUUCCGCUUGGCUCCCUCGACUUCCCCUGAAGGAUCCAGGAGUUCCCGCUGCACUGAGCCGCGAAUCCACUGUAAAACUCCACGGCCAGGAGACUGGACACAUUUUACAUACGACCUCUGCUGCUGUGUCCCGUUUCUCCUCGGAAGACGCGUGUGUGGGAAACAAGGUCGGCCCUUUGAGAGGAGACGGAAUAGGAGACCCAGAUGAGCCCCACCACCUCACAAACAGCAAGGGGACCCGAUGGAGUCACGGCCCAGCAGUGCUGGGCAGGGCUCCGGGAGCUCGGAACCCCGAACUCUGCUGUCGGGGCCACAGCUCCUCCCUCCUCUUCCCCGCUGUCCCUGUGACAUGUCCAGGGGACACUAGGUCAUCCCCUAAGGGAAAGGGGCAUGGAGCAGGUGGCUCCUCCAAGCAUCACUCCCGGCCCGCGACAGUGGAAACUGAUGGCAGAGUCCCUGUUAUGGCAAAGAUUUGGACAGAAAGAUGAGUGGACUGACCAGGCUGACAAACACCCUUCCCCACCCCCAGGGCCUACUGGGAUCCUGUCCUCAGUCAUCUUGGUUAUUUAAGCCCAGUGGCCUCAGGGCCCCAGAAUGGCUAACAGGUGGAGCUAUCAGGAAAA